AUGGUGAAUGUCUUCAACGUUCAAAUCUUUUUCAUUGUCUUCAGAGAAUGUUUAGAAGCAGUGGUUGUUGUUUCUGUUUUGCUAGCAUUCUUGAAACAAGGUAUUGGUAAAGCCACCGAUGAUCCCAAAGUGUACAAGAAGUUGCGAAAUCAAGUUUGGUGGGGAGCAGGGAUAGGGGUGAUUAUUUGUCUCAUCAUUGGUGUUAUCUUCAUUGCUUUGUUUUAUACAUUGGGUAAAGACAUCUGGUCUUCUUCGGAGGAUUUAUGGGAAGGAAUCUUUUGUAUUAUUGCCACGGUUUUGAUUUCAUUGAUGGGUAUUGCAAUGUUGCGUAUCAACAAGAUGAAGGAGAAGUGGAGAGUCAAGUUGGCUCAAGCAUUGACCAAAGCUCCAAGCAAAACAAAGGACAGAUUCAGGAUUGGUUACUUGACCAAAAAGUACUGUAUGUUCAUCUUGCCAUGCAUCACUUGUCUUAGAGAAGGGUUGGAGGCUAUCGUUUUCGUUGGUGGUGUUGGAUUAAACUCACCUGCCACCUCUUUCCCUAUCCCAGUCAUUUGCGGUUUGAUUGCUGGUAUCGCAGUUGGUACAAUAUUGUACUUUUCCGGAUCCACUGUUUCCUUGCAAGUGUUUUUGAUCAUUUCUACUGGUAUUUUGUACUUGAUUGCUGGUGGUUUAUUUUCAAGAGGAGUUUGGUACUUUGAGUCCCAUGUGUUCAACACCAAAACUGGCGGUGACGCUUCAGAAAACGGUUCUGGUCCCGGUACUUAUGACAUUGCUAAAUCAGUCUGGCAUGUCAAUUGCUGUAACCCAGAAACUGAUAAUGGUUGGGAUGUUUUCAAUGCACUUUUGGGCUGGCAAAACUCUGCCACUUAUGGCUCAGUGAUUUCUUACAACAUUUACUGGCUUGCAGUUAUUGUCACAUUGUUGUUGAUGCUUUUCGAAGAAAAAUAUGGACAUUUGCCAUUCUUGAAGGGAGUCACUUUACGUUCAUUGAAUCCAAUGUACCACAUCAAGAACAAGAAGAAGCAUGAGUUGACAGCGGAGGAGAAGGAGAAGUUGUUUAAUGAUUUGCAAAAUGUUAAACUUGGAGUGGAUGACGACGACGAAAAAGCACAUUCCACAGCACUUGUUGGCGAUUCUGACGAUGUUGACGAAGUGAAGAAUGAAGUUGUUCAGGUGGGCGGAGAGAAGGGAGAGCACAAAGUUAGUCAAGCCAAUUAG